AUGACUGAAGUGAUUUUCAAAGGUGUACUUUGGUAUACUGCGCCUUUCUGGCAGCUUCAGAUUCCGCAGAGGCACCCAGAGGACACGGUUAAACAAUUCGCUCCAUUUGUCCCACGUGCCCUUGGUAAAUUCGUGGACAAUCUUCUUGCACAAGGUAGCCUUGCCAACUCCUUCACUUCCUCAAAUCAAGAUUCUUCGUGGAUGCAUCGGUUGGCCAUCGACUCCCUUGCGUUCGUUGAAUAUUGCCGCCAACUCGACCUGCGUAGUCUAAUCAACUGCCUCAACCUUCUGUCGAGCGAGGAUGGAAAACUUGGACGACGCUCACUGGUCCAUCGCCAGCAACUCGCCCGAGAGUCUUUCAAUUUUGAGCCUGUCUGUCGUGUAGUGUUUGUUGCGUAUCAGCUUGUCGGCUUGCUCGAGUGGACGUCCCGCGCGAAUCUUCCCUACAAUCUCCCGGAUUUUACCGGCAACUUUCACUAA